AAAGUCAUAAAAAAAUAAAAAAACUUGAAACUCAGAUCUAAAGCCGGAUACUCUCACGCUUCAUGCUCCACUCGCUGUCUUCUUCACGCGCUCUGUCAUUUCGUUUUCGUGACAGAAGCAAGCGAGCCAGAAAGAGAGUGUAGAGAGAAAACGAAAAAAAAAAAAAAAAAUUGAGACCAAAAUAAAAAAGAAAAUUUCCCAAUCCAAACUAGGGUUAGGGUUAUCCCUAAUCCGGAUAACGAUUUCCACGCUCGAUUCAUCCAACUGAUAAAUCAAAGAUGGGCGCUAAUCCGUCACCAACAGACCUAAGCUCUGAUCUCGAUGAGCAGAUCUCGCAGCUCAUGCAGUGUAAGCCACUUUCGGAGCAGCAGGUCAGAGCAGUAUGCGACAAGGCAAAGGAAAUAUUAAUGGAAGAAAGCAAUGUCCAGCCUGUGAAAAGCCCUGUGACAAUUUGUGGCGAUAUUCAUGGGCAGUUUCAUGAUCUUGCAGAACUCUUUCGAAUUGGAGGGAAGUGUCCAGAUACAAACUACUUGUUUAUGGGAGAUUAUGUGGAUCGUGGUUACUAUUCUGUUGAAACCGUUACGCUCUUGGUGGCUUUAAAAGUCCGUUAUCCUCAGCGGAUUACCAUUCUCAGAGGAAAUCAUGAAAGCCGCCAGAUCACUCAAGUUUAUGGGUUUUAUGACGAAUGUCUGAGAAAGUAUGGCAAUGCUAAUGUUUGGAAGAUCUUUACAGACCUUUUUGACUAUUUUCCGUUAACUGCUUUGGUGGAGUCAGAAAUAUUUUGUCUGCAUGGUGGAUUGUCCCCUUCUAUUGAAACCCUGGAUAAUAUAAGAAACUUUGAUCGUGUUCAAGAGGUUCCUCACGAAGGGCCUAUGUGUGAUUUAUUGUGGUCUGAUCCAGAUGAUCGAUGCGGUUGGGGUAUCUCACCACGUGGUGCUGGAUAUACUUUUGGCCAGGAUAUAUCUGAACAAUUCAAUCACACAAACAGCUUAAAAUUGAUUGCUAGAGCUCAUCAGCUGGUUAUGGAUGGAUUUAACUGGGCCCAUGAACAAAAGGUGGUUACUAUAUUUAGUGCCCCAAAUUAUUGUUAUCGCUGUGGAAACAUGGCUUCUAUCUUGGAAGUUGAUGAUUGCCAGAGUCACACAUUCAUCCAGUUUGAGCCAGCUCCAAGGAGAGGAGAACCUGAUGUUACCCGUAGAACGCCUGAUUACUUCCUCUGAAGCAGCUCUAUGCUUUAACUGAUUCAAGAUACUCUACUUUCCUCCUCUCCUCCCUCCCCUUACAUAGUCAGGUAGUCGUGCAUCCUUUGGCGAAGUCUGUUUCAUCUACUACCUACCUGUUUACAUGUCAUGCUUAUUUUGGUGAUGAUGAGCAUCAAAAGCAUGUAUACGAGGCUAGGAAGAUGGCCUUUAAUCUUACACUUGGAUAUUCUGUCAAAGAGAUUGCCAUAGCGGAUGAAAGACUGACACUGACAGAAUGUAUUGAUUAUGUAGAUUUUUGUGUUUGUUUUGAUUUUCUGUUUCUCCCCUCCUUUUUUUAUGGUUCAUCCGAUCUUUUUGGGUUCUGUACCGGAGAUGGAAAAGUUUAAUAUUUAGUGGGUUUUCUAUCUUUUUUCUUUUACCACUGACUCAAAUGUGGACAUUCAACUGCUAUUCCGUUUCUUACGCCUCAGCUCGAUUAAUUUGAGUUAUCAUUUUGUGUUUCUUUUUCCCUCAUUUA